AUGUCCGAAUUCCCGCCGCCUGCUUUGCGACAGGCAGCUGAGGACGUCGCCUCGCUGCUUCGCGAGCGCAAAGAAACCAUCUCCGUCGCCGAGACGGCAGCAGGAGGGUUGGUCAGCGCAGCGCUGCUCUCCACGCCCGGCGCAUCACGGAUCUACAAGGGCGGACUGACGCUGUAUACGCUCGACUCGCGCAUCGCGUUCGCGGGCUGGACGCAAGCUAAUAUCGACAAUUACGAUGGGCCGACGCCCAAGUUGGUCGAGGGAUUGGCGAGUCAUGUGCGCGUGACGUUGAAGUCGAAUUACACCGUUGGCGAGGUCCGUCUCUUUCCUCAUGCUUUUGUUCACUUUGUUUCCAAUCCUGCUCCCGUGCUUUCGACUUCGCUCCUUGCCCUGUUUCAGACGCAAGUCCAGAGCGGUACCGCAGGACCAACGGCAAGCGGCAAGGCCAAGAAUCGACAACCGGGCUACGUGGCGCUGGCGGUCGUGGGCGAGAAGGGCGCCUUAAGCAAGGACUUGGACACAGGCCUGGGGAGUGAUAGGCAGGCCAACAUGGUGGCUUUUGCCAUUGAGGCAUUGAAGCUGGUCAAGGAGUACAUAUCGACCAACGAAAGCCAGGGUGGAAAGAUCUGA